UCAGAGGAGGAAGAAGAUGUGUUUGUCCUCCCACGGAGGAGAAGCUCCCUAGGCCUGAGUGGAUAUCCCCUUCCAGAAGAGGAGCCAGGGGCUGAAGGUCCACUCCCCCGGGUACUCCGCAGAAUCAUCUCCAUUGAAGAAGACCCCCUGCCCCAGCUCCUGGAUGGCAGCUUUGAGCAGCCAUUGAGCAAAUGCCCAGAAGAGGAGGAGGUUGCCCAGCAGAGGGUGGAAGGACAAAGCCAGCAGGCCAGACCCUUGGAACCCAUGCCUGCAUCUCCCCGAGGACAGCCUGUUGGAAAAGAAGACUUGUCUAAGGAGGAAGCCCCUCCCUCCAGCCCAGACCGGCUCUUCAAAAUCGUGCUAGUGGGCAACUCCGCCGUGGGGAAGACUUCCUUCCUGAGGAGGUUCUGUGAGGAGCGGUUUGCCCCCGGCUUGGCAGCCACUGUGGGCAUCGACUAUCGGGUGAAGAUGGUGAGCGUGGACGACUCGUCCGUGGCGCUGCAGCUGUGGGACACGGCGGGGCAGGAGAGGUAUCGCUGCAUCACUCAGCAGUUCUUCAGGAAGGCCGAUGGUGUCAUCGUCAUGUACGAUGUCACCGCCAGACAGUCGUUCCUGUCGGUCCGGCAGUGGCUGAGCAGCGUGGAGGUGAGCUGGUGACCUUCCUAGGAGCGCUGACGCUGACUCCUGCCUCCCCCUUGUCCCUGCCCAUCUCCUGCCCGGCCCUCUGCUCUUCCAAAACCUGAUUCAGAGCCCGCCUUCUCCAGGCGUGCAUAUGGCCAUUCACCCAAGCCCAGCCCUCGGUACUGGGGAUGAACGAGACUGACACAGUCCCUGCCCUCAUGAAGGUGGGACUUGAAAAACAGAUCACGCCCAUAACUGUGUCAUUACAAUUGCCAUAAGUGCCUCAAGUGAAUGGGCUGGA